AUGCCUCCUCGUCCCCUGCCAAUGUGCAAGAUCCCUUUCGCCCUUGCAAGAAUUAGUCCCGGCAUGACAAUCAAAGAACGCUGCUACAGCCCCUUUACACCCUUGUCUCCCUUCUCCGUGUGUACGCAACAACAGAUUAAUCGGCCCUCGCGACCGACAGUUCGCUUAUCUUCAAAGAGGAAACCGGCACGCUUGCGGAGGACAGAGGACAAACGUCAAGCAUCCAUAGGAGAAUUUGGGGAUGAUGAUGAUGAUGAUGCUGGGGUUAAAGUCUAUCUCAAGAACCUCGACUUGCGUAUGGAUAAAACAUGGGGUUAUAAUCCUCUGGAUACUCUCGAACUAGAACAAACUGGCUAUGAUGCCACUGCGAGGCAGUGGCUCUGUGUUGAUGUCUUAAAUGCGUUGGAGGAACAGUGGGACACACGGGAAAUUGUGGGCUAUUUGGGUGACACCGAUCGAGAAGGAUGCGGAUACCCCUUACCUGUCCCAGCGGAUGUCCUGGCAUUUAUUGGCCAAUAUCUGCUUAAAAAGGUACCACGAUGGGACAAUCUGGGCGUCACUCUAUUGGAAAUUGCUGUGGCAAUGAAGCACGAAGGGGCGAUCAUGUUCCUCGGCGAACGGGACUUCUCCAGGGGCAUCGGCCCCUCCCACGCCUCGGAAUGGGUCUUAGCGGGAAUUGCGGACCUAGCGGCCCACGGCAAAGACCCACGAGCCAUGACGCUUUGUGCAAGAAAUUUGCGGCUCAUGAAGCAAAGCCAUGAGUCGCUAGCACUGGCCGUGGAACUCUGCCGGAUGACCGAGCCUGGGCGACCGAGGGCAGAAGGAGAAAAAGGUGCUGCCCUUCCCCUGCCGUGGAGGACAUGGCUUGAGGCAUUAAAGGACUCGAACAGAAGCAUGGAAUACAUGCACCGCGCUCUGCAAUACGGGGCUUUGGUCUGGGAUGAUCCCGAGGCGUGUGCACUACAUGCCCAAACUCCACUCGUUCCACUAGGCAGCGAGUAUUGGUUGCGAUACGCCACUAAAGGAGCGAUGGGAGGAGAACUACAGUCGAUGCGCGACAUUGGAGUCUACCAUCUGGGUAUCCAUGGCUGGUUUCCCGACGGAGGAGAGGCCUCAAAUGCCCAUGACUCGCGAAUCGGGUUUGCAUGGCUGGAAAUGUUCGCCCACUUUGCUAAACCGGACCGUGCAGCAAAAGUCUGGGCUGGGAUGGCGAUGGUGCUCCGUGAACAUGGCGACAGACUCGGAGGUUUGAAGUAUCUGCAGGAGGGACUCAAACAGAUUGAUCAAAGGGUCGACAUUGAGGAUGUGGAGAAGAAACGGGGGUUCAGAGAACUUGUCCCUCUCAUCCAGCACUGGGACGUCCAGGACCUGGUCAAUCUGCAGGAGCAGAAGAUUACUUCCGAGGCCUUCCUCGGAGGUCCGAUAGUCCCUCUAUCUUCUCCCCUCGGCGAUGGCUGA